AAAAGUGAAUGCGCCUUGACAAUUUGGGGCCGAUUUCGAGAUAGUAACAAGGUGUUCCACGCGUUUGGAAGUUCGUUCCUGCGUUGUGAAGUUUUACUCUUUUUUUCCUUUCGGAUUCGUCUCGUGCAUCACUUCCAUCCUCGUCGCCGUAUGAGUGUGUGCUCCGCGACUGGAGGGGCUUCUAGGAGCGGGAUGUUUGGCUGCACGCGGCGUCUGCUGAACCGCGGCCCCGUCGGCUCGCAGGUGCUCGGGGCGGAGGUGCCGACCUUUUUUAACUACCCCUAUCGCGCGCGCGACGUGCUGUAUCUUUAUCGCCACUUCCUCCAGCUUAUCUACCACCACCACGCGCCCGAGGAGCGGCAGGAUUUGCUCUUUCGUCUUCGCAACGAAUUCUCCAGCCGGCGCCAUCUUCGCGGGCAUCGGAUGAUCAUCGCGGCGUUGCGGCGAGGGGAGGGGAUUCUCGCGCUGCAACGGCAGGUGUUGGAAGGGAGGGGAACCCGGCAACGCGGGAUGGCGUCGCGCGAAAAAGGCGCGGCGAGCGUUGAUGGGCUGUGGGAGCAGCUCCAGAUCGUGAGCGGGCAUAAACUGCCAGGGCUCCGCAACUACGAAGGCUCCUUGCCUAUUUCGAACGGAACCUACGCGACGCAAUCGACCUCCAGUCGGGUGUACUCUAGGCGGCGGUAG